AUGAGGCGCGGAAACGCCAAGAGUAGGAGGGUAGCGGCUUCAUCCCCCGGUCGGCUCUUCAAACGCUUUAAGAUGCAACAGAGCGUGUCUAAGACCCCCGACCGGGCCCGCUUCGGCACCACUCCUCCAACUGCUGCUCCUGGUCGUCCAUCGACUGCCCCCCCGGCUGCUGCGCUCCCUGGGGUGUUCCGGUCACCCCCGGCUGCCCCCCUGGCUGCUGCUCUCCCUGGGGUGCUCCGGUCACUCCCGGCUGCCCCCCUGGCUGCUGCGUUCCCUGGGGUGCUCCGGCCACCCCCGGCUGCCCCCCUGGCUACUGCUCUCUCUGGGGUGCUCCGGUCACCCCCGUCUUCCCCCCUGCUCGCUGCUCUCUCUGGGGUGCUCCGGUCACCCCCGGCUGCCCCCCUGGCUGCUGCUCUCUCUGGGGUGCUCCGGUCACCCCCGUCUGCCCCCCUGCUCGCUGCUCUCUCUGGGGUGCUCUGGUCACCCCCGGCUGCCCCCCUGGCUGCUGCUCUCUCUGGGGUGCUCGGGUCACCCCCGGCUGCCCCACUGGCUGCUGCUCUCCCUGGGGCGCUCCGGUCACCCCCGGCUGCCCCCCUGGCUGUAGCACUCCCUGGGAUGCUCCGGUCCCCCCCGGCUGCCCCCCUGGCUGUAGCACUCCCUGGGGUGCUCCGGUCACCCCCGGCUGCCCCCCUGGCUGUAGCACUCCCUGGGAUGCUCCGGUCACCCCCGGCUGCCCCCCCGGCUGUAGCACUCCCUGGGAUGCUCCGGUCGCCCCCGGCUGCCCCCCUGGCUGCUGCUCUCUCUGGGGUGCUCCGCAAUGGCGGAGAUCUAAGCGGCGGCAAUGGCGGAGAUUUGGGCGGCGGCAGUGGCGGAGAUCUGGGCGGCGGCAGUGGCGGCGGCAGUGGCGGAGAUCUGGGCGGCGGCAGUGGCGGAGAUUUGGGCGGCGGCAGUGGCGGAGAUUUGGGCGGCGGAAGUGGCGGAGAUUUGGGCGGCGGAUCUGGCGGACAGCAGGGCGGACCCGGCGAACAGCAGGACGGACCCGGCGGACAGCAGGGCGGACCCGGCGGACAGCAGGGCGGACCUGGUGGGGAACAAGGGGGAACUGGAGGGGAACAGGGGGACCUGCUGGGGAACAGGGGGGACCUGGCGGACAGUAGGGGGGACCUGGCGGACAGCAGGGCGGACCUGGCGUACAGCAGGGCGGACAGCAGGGCGGACAGCAGGGGGGACAGCAGGGCGGACCGCAGGGUGGACAGCAGGGCGGACAGCAAGGCGGAUAGCAGGGGGGGCAGCAGGUCGGACAGCAGGGCGGAACGCAGGGCGGACCGCAGGGCGGACCUGGCGGACAGCAAGGCGGACAGCAGGGCGGACAGCAGGGCGGACCUGGCGGACAGCAGGGUGGACAGCAGGGGGGACAGCAGGGCGGACCGCAGGGCAGACCUGGCGGACAGCAAGGCGGACCUGGCGGACAGCAGGGCGGACAGCAGGGCGGACAGCAAGGCGGACCUGGCGGACAGCAUGGCGGACAGCAGGGCGGACAGCAGGGCGGACAGCAGGGCGGACAGCAGGGCGGACCGCAGGGCGGACAGCAGGGGGGACAGCAGGGCGGACCGCAGGGCGGACAGCAAGGCGGACAGCAGGGUGGACAGCAGGGGGGACAGCAGGGCGGACCGCAGGGCGGACCUGGCGGACAGCAAGGCGGACAGCAGGGCGGACAGCAGGGGGGACAGCAGGGCGGACCUGGCGGACAGCAGGGCGGACAGCAGGGCGGACAGCAGGGGGGACAGCAAGGCGGACAGCAGGGGGGACAGCAGGGCAGACCGCAGGGCGGACCUGGCGGACAGCAUGGCGGACAGCAGGGCGGCCAGCAAGGGGGACCUGGCGGGGAUCAGGGGGGUUCUGUUGGUUCGAACUCUACUACUCAGAGUGUGA